AUUGCUCUUCUCUCCCGCAUGCCACCAAUCAACCAUUUCCCACACCCAUUCAUCACGUAGUCUCACCCCUCAGUAUCGAAGUGGCAUCAUUCACGCAAGGGCAGUCAGUCAUUCCGGGGCAACAUGAGUCCCUUUCUUCCUUACGACGUUCUUUACCGCAUUAUCCACUACUUCUGCGUCCUCCACCUUCCCACGGCCUGCGAAAUCCUCGACCAUGACUUCCACUCCCACCCCUCCGUUCAACAACUUCUGCAAUUUUGCUUCAUCUCCAAAGCCUUCUACCACGCUGCUAUGCCGCACAUCUUCAAGCAUGUCCCGCUAAACUUGCAUGAAUUUGAUCAUUGGCCGCAAUGCUUGCAGUUUUGGUCUAGUAAUGAGACGGAAGAUUUGAGGGUGAAGGUGAGGAGGUUGAAGAUUGCUGUCAAGAGCCAUGGAAUUUCGAAGUAUUGCUUUGUCGAGAAAAACACCCCACAUGAUCAAGCGCUGGCUCUUUCUGCAGCCAAGGAGCGGCAACUACGAACUUUGAUGGUUGGUUUGAUUAAUCAGCUCGAACUGCCCAUGGCUGGAUUACCCAGCCUGCGGGAGUUGAUUUUCAGCGUUGACACAUUCACCAACGUUUACAGUGACGAUUUCGUUGUCAACAGAACCAUCCCUGACCUCGUUCUCAGGACUGUCAGGGAUCUUGGGUGUGCCUUAAGCAACGGGAGGUUUGACCACUUGACCAGCCUGAGGGUAAAGGCGCCUGCAGACCAGCUCGUGGAGAUUCUAUUGGGCGCAACGAGAUCGAAGCAGCUGUGCGUGAACUUGAAGUCGCUUCAUUAUGACAGGUUUAUGGCGAUCGGCUCCGUGGAAGAUCAGGAUGCAGUAAUGGCCGCCGAAGAGGCGGUUCUGGCCUUGGUGGAGCUGUGUCCUAACUUGAAAGAACUUUGUCUUUUCACGUUCCACGAAAAGCCCCAGCUUCAUCCGGAAAACACGGGCUUAGACAAGCUGAUUGUGGGCAGGAUUGUUGUCAAACGGUGGAAGCCGUUGGCAUUUUUGGAAGAUUUGGUGGCGCCCCAUACAUCAGUGGAACUUGACGACGUCACGUUCGCGCGCAGGCGUCAUAUCAGAGACCCCCCGCUUUCGCUUGCACCAUCAUGGCCCCAGUACAAGCUCCUACGCCCCGAUUACGAGCUUGUACAAAAGGAGCUAAAGUGCCGCAGCUUACAGGUCAUAAAGGGAGGUACGCUCGUCUUCCCAGGGCCAACGGCGCUAUGAUGAUGGAGACCAAAAGUCCAGGACUUUUGCCGAUAAAGAAAAGCCGUGUAGCUGGUCAAUGAUUCACUAUGGAAGAGCCACAUGUUGUUGUCUAUGGUUGCUACUGGGAGAUAAGCUGAUGAUUAUGGGCCAUGACUUACAUGUUCCUAGGUUGCCAAUAAAAUGGAUCAUGGUGGCGCUUCUGUGUGAAUGUAAAGGUACCUUGCAAC